AUGGGCUUCUAUUCGAAAGCAAGACAGCCACGGCCUAGCAUCGAUGACCCCUCAGUUAGGCCGCGCCGGCUGGCUCUCCUGAAGGCGGCGACUAUCAAUCUGCUUAUGCUCCAAUGUCUCUUCCUGGGGCUUUUCUGCUACAUUUUCGGCUCUCUCUUCCAACAAAACUCGCAUAUUCACAACAUCAACAUUCUCUUCGUUGAUUAUGAUGGAGGUAGCAUAGGCACUGCAGUCCGCGAUGCUUAUCAGCAGGUCAAGGGACCGAGUUUUCCGACUCUGGAUGAACGAUCUGCACUGGUGUACCCAGGGUCUGACUCCAUUGAUUCUGCGGUGUGCAACAUCAAGUUUUGGGGUGCUCUGUCUAUCACAGCAAAUUCAUCGAAUCAAUUGACUGCGGCUUUUGGAGGUGGAUCUGCCGCCGCCUCAUACAACAACAGCGAUGUUCUCACCAUGGUCUGGAACGAAGUGCGCUACCCGACAACGGCUGACUCUGCGAUCUAUGACAAGAUGGCCACCCUUGCAGAAGUGGCACGUGUCGCCUACAUGAAGGCCAACGGGCAGCAGGCCAUUCAAUUGGUCAACAGCUCAGACCCUGCUGCUAUUGCUGCAUAUUCCAACCCUUGGACUUUGGCCUCCGUGAAUAUCCAGCCAACCUCGCAAGGGUCUCGUCUGAUCUACAACACGCUUGUCAUUAUCUUGAUUUUGAUCCAAGAAUUCUUUUAUCUGGGUUAUGUCAAUGGUCUCUAUCUGCAGUUCAAUCUUUACAUAUCCUUGAAUCCCCACCGGAUUGCGAUCGUGCGCCAACUCAUCUCAGGAGCCUAUACCUUUGUCGGAUCCUUGUCUACAGCAGGCGCGAUAUGGGCUUUCCGAAGUGGUUGGCAUGUAACCGGCAAUCAGUUUGUGCUCACAUGGAUGGCGCUCUGGCUCUUCGCGCAUCUGAACUUUCUCGUCCUUGAUGUUUUCACCGUCUGGAUAUCCCCGCCCUUUGUGCCGAUGGCACUAAUAUCGUGGAUUGUGUUGAACGUUACAUCCAUUCUUCUUCCAUUUGAGGUGUCCCCGGGCUUCUAUAGAUGGGGCUAUGCCUUACCCGCGCACAGCAUUUUCAACGUGCUGGUUGAUAUUUGGUCAGGCGGCUGCAACCCGCAGCUCUAUUAUGGACUACCCGUUCUCUUUGUAUAUGAGAUAUGUGGUCUAGUGCUUAGCUCAAUCGGUGUUUACAGGCGCUGCCAUUAUGCCGUGAUUAAGCAGGAGAAGGACGAGAAAGCCUAUCAUGAGCGCGUCAUGGCCGCAAUCGCGGAGCAGCAAGCCAAUCAAUUGCCGACGGAGGAAACGGUGGAAGAUUCCCAAGAAACCGGAACCCCCGAUAGUGAGCUCGAGGAAAGGGGUGUGCAAAGGCGUGGGACUCUGACCGCAAUCCCGAAUGAAGGAGAAGUGAUGGAAGCCAUUCGACGUGAAAUGUCGCGGCCGAAGACUGAGACCUCCACCGGCCGAACGAAUAAUGGACCCUGUUUCGAUCUGCCUUAUGGCGACUAG